UUUGGCUCCUCGCAGUCAGCUCUAUCCACGCCGACCCAACAGACUCUGACAGGCAGGCGGCAGGCGGAUGAGGACUAGAUGAACGAGCAUGACGCACGCUAGGAUGGCGAGCGAUGAGUGGCCGCGACUGGGCACCGGCGUCAGUCAGGAUGGCAGCCGGCAUGGGAACGGUGGUCACGCUGUCCAUCCGUCUGCAGCGAGCGGCUUGGCAGGAUCGUCGAGGCACUUCGCUCAACAGUCAAGUACCCACUCCUCAAGCAAAUCUGGGUCUGCGAGCGGUGCUCAUGCGAAGAAAGCGAGCAAGAAUGCAGAUCUGACUCACGUCCCUUGCCGCUUCUACCGCGCGGGCGCUUGCUCUGCCGGCGACAAGUGCUCCUUCUCACAUUCACUCGUGGAGAGCGGGACCAAGCCGAUAUGCCAGUACUAUAUCAAGGGCGAUACGUGCAAAUUUGGUCAUAAAUGCGCAAAUCUACACAUCAAGCCAGGCGAACCGGUCACGAUGGACAAGAAGAAUAAGCAAGCCGCAAGACAGAGCAAUGCAUUGACGAGCAGCACAGCGCCGGCGCAACAGCAUCAGAACGGGACUGCAAACGGCAAGUCGAAUGCAGCGAGGCGCAACACUGGUCCUGCGACGCUUGCGCUAGCAGAUCCCCUCGCGAUCCUAUCGCCAGCCGGUCCAUCCUACAGCAAUGCGCAUCGUCGCGAUGGCAGCGGACUAUCGAUGCUGCUUGCAGGCGCGCCUAACAAUCCGAAUGACUACGCGCUCCCGUCAGGCACGCCUUCAGCUGCCCCUCAAGUCGAUCAGAGAUUACCCCACAACGAUCUUAGGAGCAUGAGUGUCCAGCCUGACCAGCUCAAGCUGCAACACGGUACUAGCGCACAUCACAAUGACGGAUUGGCCAGCCCGCCUCCUCCCGUAUUUGGCACAUCGCCUUUUGCCCCGCCGGGACAGAGCUCGGUCUUCCUGAGCGCUUCCUUCGAUAGCGAUGAUUCCAACAGAUCACCACCGCCCGGCACGAGCGCGACGGUCUGGUCACCGCGACGACAAGCGCAAACCGUUGGCUGUGCGAGCAGAGAGGGUUCACCCAUGCUACAGAGGGCAGUGAUGCCCACAGCCAUUCACGCAAGUACAGAGUCACCACUGGCAGAGUUCCGGCCGGGUUCUAUGCCACCGCCGUCAGCGGCACUUUCGAAAUCCUGGGGUGAAUCUGGUCCGCUCAGGCUGACGAGCGCCGUCCAACGGUUAGCAGGCGCGGGCGAGUCUAGUUCGCUGGGCGCUUCAUCCCCUCCCGGUACUUGGCCAAAGCGGAUCGCCGCCUCAAAUUCCGAAGGCAUGAUCAGUACUUCUCGCAGCCCUCCGCAAGAGCCUGCUCUGUACCUAUCGCCGACCACGCGCGCUCAUAGCAGAUUGCUCCACCCGCCAGGAACGAGCUUGCCGCAAGGGUUGGCGGCAGGUCUGAGUAGGCUGCACUUUACACAAGCGAUGCACACAGGUGAUACACCUGUACCAAGUACCAAUGGCUCACCGUCUGCUCAAGGAACGAUGAGUCCAUCUUGGGGCUUCGCACCUUCAUCCCCUGCUGGUCAGACGAACGUACAUCUGCCGGGCAACGCGAAUCUGACGCAGCGGCGCAUCUCUGGCGGCGCGAGUGCAUUCUCACCUCUGACGCAACUCAUGAGUAGCUCGCCGCUGGUGCAGUCCGUAACACCUAGAGAGGGAGUGCAGGGCGAGAUGGACGAGGCUCCGUUCGCGAUGGACGAAGUAGGUAGUCCCUGAUCUUGCAGCGCAGCUCGUUAUACUAGAUGUAAUGGUAGGCUCCUCAAAACGUCCAUUGUCCUGUUGUGAUUCAAUCUACACAUUUGCAUUUCUAUAGCUUCAUUGCUUUGGCGUAAAGUGUCUGAUGACGCGGUCAGACUCAGCCUACGUAGGCGUAACGAGAAAGAGCUCACAUCGACGACCUGGCCGACUUGCUUGAGCGUAUCGAGUGCGACAUCGUACGUCACAUCGCUC